AUCAAGAAGUUCGUCACGCCAGAGGACAUCGCCACCCUGGUCACGCACUUCGGCCCCCCUCCGCCAGGUCAUAAGUUGGUGUACUGCCCCAGCGUUCUUUCCUGGAACGGUGCAAAGGGGCUGUGGGUUGGGAUCUGGCCCGAGGAGCAGGAGACCCCCCAGUUGCAAGUGUUCGAGUCGUUGGAGCCUCGCGAAGUCCCUUUGCGCGAUACAGUGGCGACGCCCAUGCCCACGGGGAGUUCAAUGCCCGUGGCUUCUGGCGGUGAUGGCGUCGACACCGACGGUGAGGACCCAGCCGCGGGUGCCGAUGAGAUCCCAGAUUCUGAGAUGGCGUCGUUCGCGCAGUUCCUGUCUUCGUGUGAGCCGAAUCAGGAGCUCUCCUCGUGGAUCAUGCUCGACGCGGACUCUGCCAGCGACGACGACGAGGUGGUCAUUGACGAGAAGGGCAAGUCCGACGACGAGGCCUUGCUCGCGCUCGCUGCCGCGGCCCCGCACGUGCCGCCGAAGAAGCGAGAGCUGAAGGCGUCGGUCCGCGAGCGGAAGUCUGUCGCGAAGGGCGAGGGCACGGCCGAGCGCAAGAAGAAGGGCAAGGGCAAGGCCGCGAGCAAAGGCAAGGGCAAGAACAUCCCGUCGCGCAAGGCCAGCACGAAGACCACGCCGAAGAAGGCCACGGACCCCGCGCUCCCGCGCAACGGCGAGCACUCGUCGCUGGGCACGUUGUACGUGACCUACGCGACGGCGUGCUCGUACAUCUGCUACAAGGACGCGUCGCGCAAGCCGCGGCUGGUCGUGCAGAUUGGCAGCAGCAUGAGCAGCAACCAUGCAAAGCUGAUCGCGCAGUGCCUGAAGUACAUGUGCACGCAGGGCUGUUCGAAGGAGCAGGUGGUGGCGUACCGCAACAAGCUCAUCAAGAAGUAA